AUGAGCACCGCAAUCCGCUUCAUCGCCUCCAAAGGCAGCAAGACAAGCUCGGUCGGCUCCAUCUCUCUUGCCUGCCACGUCAAGCCGGGCGCGUCGGCCAAGCGCGAAGGCGUCAACAGCGUCAGCGAUGAUGGCGUCGAGCUGUGCGUGUCGGCGCAGGCGAAAGAAGGCGAAGCGAACAAGGCGGUACAGAAGCUGAUCGCCGAGAUCCUCAAGGUCCCCAAGUCUGACGUGGAGAUUGCAAAGGGCAUGAAGUCGCGCGAGAAAACCGUCAUGGUGCACAACCUGGCCAAGAAUCGCAGUCCUGAGGAGCACAUCGAGUCAAUUCGAAACGCUUUAAUUACAGCUAUGGACAAUUAA